AUGGGUCAACAGUCCAUAGGGUCAACAGGUGGGCUCCGCUCUAUUGAAUACUUAUUGAACAGGUGGAUGCCUUUCCAGCGACAGAUCACGACAUCUCCUGCCCGCAAUGCUCCCAUCAUCAACUUCAAGGAUCUCGACCUGUUGUCAUCACCCAAGGUCCCUGGUUCAACGUGGUAUGAUGCGUUCAUUGCCGCCACAGGGCCAGGGCAUGGACCCCCUCCCUACAUUUUCGCACCGCAAGCAUACAAGUGGGCUUUAAGUGCGACUCCUGUAUUACACGGUGAUCACUUUCCAUUGGAUGCCCAAGCAAUUCUGGGAUUUCAGACAAGGGCAGCUCUGGAAGGCUACUUUGACAAGGAUAGUAAGAGUCCAGACGUGAUUAGAUUACUCAACGACAUGGGUGCCAAUCAUAACGAUUUUUGGAGAAAAUCUGUGCUGGGCAAAAGUUUGGCCAUAUCUGCUAUACAUGCCGAAAAGAAUGAAGAGCUCAAGGCAAAAAUUGCAAGUCUCGAGCACCAGAUUAAAGUACUUCAACAGGAAGUCAAGAACUUGAAAGCUGCUAAUGAAUCCUCUCCUCCAAGGCCACGCUCUGCAUCUACUAUUGACUUCAGGGAAGUGAUCAAGUCAGAGGAGCAAUGCAACAUUUGGGUAGAAGAAUUGAAACCGUACUUUGAACGGUUUGCCAACCUCACAAAAGAAGUCACAGAAAUAAACUAUCUCCCAUGCUCUGAAGAACAUAAGGAUGAGCUUUUCUAUUAUGCACUAGCGCAAUUGACUUACGGCAGACGUCUUGGACAAAAGAGAUUGUUCAAUUUUCAUUCGUUCUGCAAGGGAUUUCUUGGGCGUGAAGAGUUGAAAACAAAACUAAGAGAGACUUUUGACAACAACGCGAGUAUAAAACGAAUCUUUGUUCACGUGUGCAAAACCUCUCUUGUGAAUCAUAUGGAAGAUGUUAGCAAAUCGAUCAUAUCCAGUGGAGUGCCUAUUCGAAAGUUCGACAAAGUUUGUCACGCUUUGGGCCGCUCGAUGUGUCCGAGUGUCAAAGCACUUUGCGCGAGAAACCGAGAAUAUAAGCGCAUGAUUGAAGACGAACUUGGUGUGUUUCUGAUGGAGAAUGGAAGUGGGUUGGACUUAGAAAGGACAGUAGAAUUGAUACACGACGACAAUGCAGAAGUUUUCAAAGAUGCAGAAAACCUAUAUUUACAUAUUAUUUUCGACGGUUGUAGAAUAACUCAAACUGGUAAAUAUCAGGUAUACUUCUGUGCAAUACUCUCACCGACGGAGGAUAUCACGGACCCUAGUAUGUUGACGAAAGCGAAACGCCAGUAUUCCUUCUGUGUGAUCGACGGUCACGACACGAUUGAAAAUAUCGAUGCAAAUUUUAUCAAAGUCUAUGCACCUUUUCUUGCCGUGUUCUUGAAAGGAUCAGACGGCGAGAUUACACCUGGAAUUCAUAUUUUUGAAGGCAGAGCGAAAUUUGGGAGACAGCGCAGCCGGAACGGUGAAGUUCCGCACAGAAUUAUUCAUGUGAUCGGAGUGAUUCGGAGCGACAUGAGUGGGAGCUGGAAGAUAAUGAAUCAUGGGGGACUCCAUGAUCCAAUUGGGGCAUGUUUCCUCUGUGAUCAACCUUCUUGUCAAAGACAUAUUUAUUAUGAAUUGGUGGUUGUUGAUUCAGAUAUUGCAUGGGAUGAUAUUCCGACAAGAUUUCAAAUGCACCAGGAUACUUUUGCAAUGGUGAAUGGACUUCGCAAGGUAGAUGGCAACGUUUUGAACUUGGAACAAUAUGACAAUCUGGACAGUCUGGGCAUCGAUGUGGAGAACGUUGUGAUCUGCUCCAUGCACAUGGUGUUUCGUGUAUCGAUUGCAUUUGUCUUGUAUGUAUGCAACACCGCGAAAGAAAACAAAACGUUUCCUGUUGUGCAGAGAAUGCUGGCAGAAAUCAAUAUUCACGUCAAAGAUUCAAGAUCGUUUGCAAUGCAUGAUAUGCCUCAAUUGAUCGGUGAAAGUACCAAAAGGUUCCUCAAGGCAUUUCCUGACUUGAUAGUUGCUGCCCGGGCCAAAAAUGCUGACUUGUGGAAAGAUCUCUGUGAAAAAUGGGCAUCAAUAGUCUCAAGUGUUCUUCAGACGGACAUUAAGAAAAUGAGUCAAACAGAAAUUGAUUCUUUUGCUAUGCGAUGUAAUGAUUUCUUGGCAAGAUAUGUCCUUCUUACAGACAGACUGGAAUACUGCAGAGGGAUCUACCUACAUUUCCUUGCGGUUGGACAUGUUACAGAUCAAUUCAAAAAAUUUGCAGAAAAGAAGAUUCCUCUUGGUCUUCUGAACAUGAGCGCGAUGGAGAAGAGGCAUUUGGAGGAUAAGUCCAAAUUUCUUCUCUUGAUGCGCCUAACAGUACAAGUCUGUUGA